UGCGACUAUCGCAUUCUUUGCCCGUCUGCUUCCAAUCCGGUGGUGGAAGUUGCGAUCGUCUAUUUUUCCUCCGCGAUUCUCAAAUUUUUGCUUCCAAUGAAGAGACCACUCAUUGCUCCCAACAAUUUGUCACGACCUGUGAAUGACCAUUUUGACAAGGAAAGUUUAGUGAAAGUGUUAAAACAACAUUUUGGCUAUUCUGGAUUUCGGGGAAAGCAGUUGGAGGCUAUUGAAGCUUCUUUGACAGGAAGGGAUUGUUUUUGUCUCAUGCCAACAGGGGGAGGAAAGUCCAUGUGCUAUCAGAUUCCCGCAUUGGCAUCGUCAGGCAUUGUGCUUGUAAUUUCUCCUUUAAUUGCGUUAAUGGAAAACCAGGUAAUGGCGUUGAAGGCAAGAGGAGUUCGUGCAGAUUUUCUUUCAUCAACGCAGUUGGCUUGUACUAAAGAGAAGAUACAUGAAGACCUUAACUCAGAAAAGCCCUCUGUUAAGCUGCUGUACGUGACUCCAGAACUGGUUGCAACAUCAGGGUUUACUGUAAAGCUGAUAAAUCUUUACAGCAGAGGGCUGCUUAGUCUAAUUGCUGUUGAUGAGGCACAUUGUAUUUCCACAUGGGGCCACGAUUUCAGGUUUGCUAUGGCUAUUCUAUGAUUUCCCGAUUGAACAUUCAGUUAGUUCAAUUUGUGAGCAAAUAUAUCGUAAUCCGUGUGAUUUGUGAAUUACUAUUGAGCAUGCUUGUGAUACAGACCUAGCUACCGGAAACUAUCUUCUUUGAGGGAUCACAUUCCAGGUGUGCCGAUAAUAGCUUUGACAGCUACUGCUGUUUCUAG